AUGACAGGUACAAUUACUUGUCUAAUGUCAGGAGUUCCUUGUAGAAAGUGGAUUGUAGACUCUGGAGCAACACAUCAUAUUUCAUCAAGUUUAAGCUUACUAGAACAAGGACCUUCACAGUGGCAGGGUGAAGGGGAUUGGUUGAGAGGAAGAUGGGUUAUAUGUGUUGAAGAUACAGCCAGGGCACUCAGGUUUCAGGGUGGGUUUCCUUUGAAAUAUUGGGGUGUUUGUGUGAAGGUUGCAGUCUAUUUGAUCAAUAGAAUGCCAUCUGAUGCAUUAAAUGGACACAUUCCCUUUGAGCUUCUGUAUAAAAAGAAGAAGAGAUAUAUACUCAUGAACAUAAAGACCAGUCAGUUCUUUGUUAGUCGAGAUGUUUCUUUUAGGGAAGUUGAAUUUCCUUUUCUAAAAGGCAAUCUUGAAAGUACAGUAAGGACUGCUAAUGAUGUUGAAACAUGGAAUCUCAUGGAUACCACUCAGGUUGCACCUGCUCCUUUAGAACAAUCAGAUGUUCAUGUUCUUGUUCCUGAUGAUUCUCCUGCUGGCACUACAGAUGCAUCCACCUAUGGAGUCCACGAUAACACUCAUGUUGUUGCAGAUGCAGGUUGUGCUUCUCCUACUGAUGAUUCAAAUAUAGAAGGUACUGCUCCAGCUUACACAAGGAAAUCCACUAGGAGAGCUCAAGAACCAGUUUGGUUGAAAGAUUAUGUGACUACAAAGAAAGCCAACCUUUACUCUCUUUCAAACUACUUGAGCUAUUAUGCAACAUCUCCUAAAUACAAAGCCUAUUUGGCUAAUUUUUCUACAUUGGUAGAACCAAAAUGUUUCAAUGAGGCAGUUCAUGAUAUAAGGUGGGUAGAAGCUAUGAAGCUAUAA